AUGGCACCAACGCCCGAUUUGCCCUCGUUCUCGGACAAGAGAAGUGUAAGAGAUAAUAGAAAUGGCGAGAGAGUCGUUAUAUCUGGCAUGUCGGGUCUGUAUCCAGAGUCCCAUAGCGUGAAGGAUUUGGCCAAUAUUCUGUAUAAUAAGAUCAACCCAAUCAACAAUGAAAACGUCCGAUGGAAGUAUGAACAUCCCGAGGUAGCGCAGUACACCGGCAAAAUGCCAGGACUAAAACACUUCGAUGCGCAGUUUUUCAAAGUUCAUUACCGUCUUAGCAAUAACAUGGACGCUAUGGGUCGCAAGGUGCUGGAACAGUCAUAUCAAGCGAUUUACGACGCAGGUAUAUGUCCGGAAGAACUUUCUGGUAAGAAAGUUGGUGUCUACGUUGGCAGUUGCAUUUCUGAAAGUGAAAAGGCUACUUUUUAUGCCGGAAAUUCUAGGACAGGAUUUGGUGUCGCAGGAGGAAGUAAAUCGAUGUUUGCAAACCGCAUAUCAUACUGGUUAAACGCCAAAGGUCCUUCUAUGAGCAUAGACGAGGGCUGCUGCAGCUCCACCGAAGCCUUGAACCAAGCUUACCUAGCCAUCAAACACGGCGAGUGUGAAGCUGCCAUUGUCGGAGGAUGCAACCUUUGUUUGCAUCCUCAAUCCACUAUCCAUUAUGGAAGAAUAAUUAACUUGAGUAUGGAUGGUAAAACUAAAUCGUUUGACACUGAAGCAGAUGGGUGUGCUAAGUCAGAAGCAAUUAACGUCCUAUUUCUUCAAAAAGCUGAAGAUGCUUUAAGAAUUUACGCUGAAGUGGUUCAUGUAAAAUGUUGUAUAUAUUUAUCAAAUUUGGAACACGAAACAAAAGGUCAAAGAUAUGGUUUCUAUAGGGAUCCUGACAACAUGGCCAACUUUAUAAGCACUUUCUAUGAAGAAGCCAAUGUAUCACCACAAGCUAUUGAAUACGUCGAAGCUUGUGGUUCUGCUACACCGGAGGUGGAUAAAGCAGAGCUUGAAGCCAUCCAAAAAGUGUAUUGUAAUAAAAGAAGACAACCUCUUUUAGUAGGCAGUGUUAUGUCAAAUAUAGGAUACUGCGAAGCUGCAUCAGGAAUAUCCGCUGUUACGAAGGUUCUUUUAGGAUACCAUUCUGGACAGCUUGCAGGGAACUUGAAUUGUCAAUCACCAAGAAAUGAUGUUGCAGCUUUGCGAGAUGGUCGUAUGCGUAUUCUUACUGAUCAUCACAGUUUUGGACGUACUUACUCCGCUGUCAAUAGCAUUUCACUUACUGGAGUAAAUGCACAUGUCCUUUUAAAUGGCCAUUAUAAAGCUAAGGACCCUAGACGUUACAAGACAAAUAUUCCUCAUUUAGUUUUGCUAUCUGGCAGACAGGAAACUUCCGUGAACAAAAUACUUCUGGAUCUAAAAUCUCGCCCGGUUGAUCCUGAAGAAAUAGCUCUACUGCACAAUAUUCAUAAAACAAGAAUUACUGGACAUUUAGGAAGAGGAUUUAUACUUCUUGACACAAAUGAAAAGAACGAAACCAUUUGUGUGCACGAAAAGUCAAACUACUUCGACGACAGCAAGCGGCCGCUGUGGUUCGUAUACAGCGGCAUGGGCUCCCAGUGGACCGGCAUGGGGGCACAGCUCAUGAGAAUUCCGAUAUUUGCCGCUGCUAUCGAAAAGUGUCGUCGUGUAUUAGAACCUAAAGGAGUGGACAUUGUGCAUAUAAUUACGUCUCCAGAUAAAUCCAUAUUUGACAAUAUUCUUAAUUCUUUCGUCGGAAUUGCUGCAAUACAAAUUGGUCUUACGGAUGUAUUACAGGCUUUGGAGAUUAUUCCUGACAAAAUUAUCGGUCACAGUGUGGGUGAAUUAGGCUGUGCGUACGCAGACGGUUGUUUUACAGCCGAGGAAAUGAUACUGUCUGCAUACAGCCGCGGUCUAGUCUCUGUGCAGACUCCGUUCAUUCGUGGAUCAAUGGCAGCUAUUGGACUUGGUUUCGAUCGGAUGUCUAAAAUGGUUCCACCUGAGAUUGAAAUAGCUUGCCACAACGGCCCCGACUCCAGCACAAUUUCCGGUCCCGCCGAUAUCAUGAAAGAAUUCGUGGCUCAACUUACUGCGAAGAGAAUAUUUGCAAAGGAAGUGCCAUGCUCAAAUAUUGCAUAUCACUCGCGAUACAUCGCUGAGGCAGGUCCAGGUUUGCUCAAAUAUUUGGGUGAAGUGAUCACGUCCCCAAAAGUUCGCAGUAGCCGCUGGGUUUCAACUUCAGUGCCACAAGAGAAAUGGAAUGAUCCCAUUGCAAAAUAUUCAUCCGCAGAAUAUCACACGAAUAACUUACUUAAUUCAGUCCUUUUUGAGGAAACAUCGAGGCUUAUCCCACCAAAUGCGGUAGUAGUAGAAAUUGCUCCUCAUGGCCUCUUGCAAGCUAUUCUCAAGCGUUCUCUGCCUGAAUCCUGCAACCACGUACCGCUAACAAGACGUGGUCACCCCGAUAAUGCAGUUUUCUUGCUGGAAGCUCUCGGGAAUCUCUUCAUGGUGGGAUACAAUCCAAAAGUGCAAGCCAUAUACCCAAAAAUAGAAUUUCCAGUUUCUACUACAACCCCAAUGUUGUCACAUUUAGUAGAAUGGGCGCAUAACGAAUCAUGGAAUGUACCAUUGUUUGUGUCUGAGAAAAGUAAAGCAGCAUCUUCAUGUAAUUAUAUUAUAUCGAUCCAUGAUGACAGUCACAAUUACUUAAAAGGUCAUGUUAUAAGAGGGAAAAACUCGUACCCAUUUGCUGCUGCGUUAGUAGCAGUUUGGGAUACAUUAGCUAUGGUGCUGGGAGUUCCCAAAAAACAGCUCUCAGUUAAGUUUCAUCAUGUUCGCCUUUACUUACAACCUGUGCUUCAAGACCGUGAACAAUUGCGACUAUAUAUAACUAUCCAAAGAGGCAGAGGCUAUUUUGAGGUUUUGAAUAACAACAUCAAAAUCGCAACUGGUUUUAUUAACAGUGAUAUAACCAAAACUGUAAAUGCAAAUGAUGAAUUGAAAUUAGUGGAACAACUAGAGCUAAAAUCAGAAGACAUUUACGAAUUAUUGUAUGCGAGAGACUAUAACUACAUGGACAGGUUCCGUAGUAUUUGUAAUGCUAACAUGUCACUAACAGAAGCUCACCUACUGUGGCAAAACAAUUGGGUGACGCUUAUUGAUGGUAUGAUCCAACUCAAUGCACUUAGGCGUCAUCACGAUAGUGUUUCGCAGCCAACUUUUAUAAGAAAAAUCGUCAUCGAUGUUAAUGAUCAUUUAAGAGCUGUAGACGGUGGAAAUGUUAUAACGGCUAAAGUUUGUGAAGUAAUGGACUCUAUCAGAUGUGGAGGGAUCUCGAUUGAAAACAUCCAAUUCCACGACGUGCCUUCAUCGAACGAAGAACAGGUUGCUUUAAAAAAAAAUGUUCCUCAGUUCUCUAACAAUAAUAUCGAUGUGCAAUACGCAGGCUUAAGCGAUGUGUACCUAAAGAAAGUGUUUGGAGUAGCCGCAAAAGAAAGCAUCGAUAAUAAGAAUGUGAUCGAAUACGACUUCAGUGGUGUUACAAAUAGAAAAGAACGCGUUAUGGGUAUCGUCCAAGAUGAAUCAAUAAGCACACACAUCCAAGCAAAGCCUGAACUGUUGUGGCCCGUACCUGAACAUUGGACUUUAGAAGAAGCAGCUACUGUUCCAUUAGCCUAUUGCCUGGCCUUCUACUGUCUUUGCUUCAAAGCUAGGUUCUACCGCGGCAUCAGUAUUCUCGUGCACGACGGAUCAGGAGCUUUAGGUCAAGCGAUCAUAUCUAUAGCCCUCGCACACGACUGUGACGUUUACACCACAGUGAGCAGUAUCAAGAAAAAAAGAUUUUUGCUCAAAUUGUUUCCAGAACUUAAAGAGGAUCAUGUCGACUGCUCUCGGGACAGCAGUUUUAAGGAUAUGGUUCUUGGUGGUACAAAAGGAGAAGGUUGUGACAUUGUUAUAAUCUCUUUUAAAGGACUCUUAAGAGACGCAUCGAUAAAAAGCUGUAAAUUAUUUGGAUACGCUGUUGAUACUUCACUUAUACUAGACGAUGAGGAUUAUAUCUUUGGAAUGGAUAAUUUAUCUAAAUCUAACACUUACAAUACACUGCAGUUUUCUUCACUAUUUGAUAUUAAAAACGUAGAAGAUUUAAAAAGACUUCAAUUGAUGGUGAGCGAAGGAAUCGCUCACGGCUACGUCCGUCCGCUCUCUCGGGUGGUGUACGCGGCGGAAGAGGCCUCACGAGCUCUACAGCUGCAAGCGAGCAGCAAACAUAUUGGCCGAGUGCUACUUCAUUUAGAAGAAGACAUCUUCUGCACUCAAAAUACGUCCUGGGAAGAUUUAGGAAUUCAAUUUGCGAUUUCUUACGGAAACUUAUGGAAUGACGAUGUUUUUAAAUUACUAAACAGCGAGAAAGUCGAAAACGCAGAAGGAAUAUAUUGCAUUGUAAAUUCUGAUUUAGAAAUAGAAAACACUAAUAAACUCUUGGAACAUCUGAAUCUGACCAUACGAAGAUUGAAUUGGAGCAUAAAGUAUUUUGCAGUAAUUGAUGUCAACAGUGAUAUUAGCAACAAUAUAACAAAACUAACAGAACCACACAAUAAAUUCAUAACAAUCAAAUUGCCAUCUUUAAAAGUCGUUGAAAACAAUGGAUAUUUUCCGGUCAGUCAUGCUAUUGAUGCUAUAGAAAAGGCUAUAUGUAACAAACAACCUCUCAUAGCUGCACAUCGUACAGAAUUAUCUUUUGGCAACUUGUUAGAAGAAUUGGCUAAUUUAGCUGAUUUCCCAAUUUCUGAUGGGCCGUUAUCAAUGCAAGAUGCAACUCUUGAAGAACUGGGAAUGGAUUCAUCAAAAUCUCAAAUUGUUAGAGCUUAUUUGCGGGAUGUUCACUAUGUUUCACUGGACGAAAGCGAUAUACCAUCGCUAACAUUAAAAAAGAUAUGGGAGUUGGCAGGUAAUGAAGAAAAAGAAAUGUUUACUGAAACUGAGGAUUUGAAAACAUUUUUAACCCACAUAGAUCCAGAUGAACUCCUGGCCACAACAGAAAUAGUAUUUUUACCAACACUAAUUACAAGUUCUGCCACGACAACUGAUGAAUUUGACGUAAACGAAACAUAUCUGUGCGUAGUACCAGGAGUAGAAGGGUUACACGUGCGAUUCCGUGAACUAUGCGAGCGGAUCAAGGUACCUGCACUAGUGCUGCAGCCAGGUGUUGAUAAGCCGCAGGAGACUAUACAAGAAAUAGCACAAAGAUAUGCUAAGAUUCUUCUGAAAAAGACUCAGUUAAAAAAGCGCUUUUAUCUUCUUGGAUAUGAAAGUGGAGUUUUAGUUGCCUUAGAAAUGGCAGCGAUUCUCGAAGAUAGUGGGUUAAAUGGCACAAUCUUCUGCAUCGGUGGUGCACCGCAAGAAGUUCUCGAAAAGUUUGAUGAAAAAUUAGCUAGAUUCGAAACAGAAGAAUCGUUGCAGUCAGCAGUAGCUAGUCACAUGUUCAAGUUAUUGGUCAAUGGUGAUAGCCCCGAGAACCUGGAUAUUGAAAUAAAAAACAUUCCUACUUGGAAAGAGAAAGUAUCGUUCUGCGUGCAGAUGUUGCUGGGACGUAUUCAUCAUUCUAUUCAGUACGCACAAGAAAUUAUUGAAGCCGCAUAUGAAAGAAUAGUACAAGUGCGACGUUAUGAAUCACAGCCACGUCCACUUCGCUCCCUUCUCGUUUCAAUUAGGCCCUGGACAUCUACGACAAAUAACGUUAAGUUUCAUUCUUUGCAAAGUCAUUCGCAGCAAAAAGUCGUAGAGUACCAGUUGCAAGUUCCUCUGGCGUUUGCCGCACAAGACAUGCGCUGUGCUGCCAUUGUGAACCGUCAUUUAGACAAAGAUAUUCUUGAGGCAUUCGAUAACAAAAAUUUAUGCGAAACUUACCAUACAAACGCUGAUUCAUUUGUUUGCCUUGAUUCAAUGUUGGUUUGAUCUUAAAAAUUUAGGUAUAGUAUGUAAUUUAUUUAUUUCUGUUUUCAAUUUUAAAAUUAAAAAUAAACAAGCAUUUUUUUUAAUUUUGGGAUAUUACGAGAAUCUUGAGCGUUUUUCAUUUUACUGUUCGUUAUGUAUUAAGUUGUGUUUUUACCAUAGUACCAAGA